CAUGAAUUAGGGGUUAUGGUGUAUUGAAAAAGGUGAAGGAAAAGAAAGCAUGGCAGGACUUGUAAACCUAAGAAUAGGAGGAGGUCCGUCGUCAGUCCUAAGCACGUCACGCCGUUCCCAAUUCCCCAAACAGUUGGACUCUGUUGACCAAAAAUGGAGUCGUUUGCACCACAAACUCAACAUCAACGCCAGAUUCACUUGCCUCUUCUCAGACAACAAAAGAGAGGAUCAAGCUAGAAAGGCAUUAGAAGGUGCACUAAGUGGGAAGAAAGUUGAAUUUGAGAAGUGGGACAAAGAAAUCAAAAGACGAGAAGAGGUAGGAGGAGGAGGAGGAGGUGGCACCAGCGGUGGUGGAGGAGGUUGGUUUGGGUGGGGGAGAUGGUUUGGAUGGUCUAAUGAUGAUAAUUUUUGGCAUGAAGCAAAACAAGCAAGUCUUACUAUACUCGGCAUCGUUCUUAUAUAUCUCCUAGUUGCAAAAGGUGACUUGAUCCUCGCCUCCAUCAUCAAUCCAUUGCUGUAUGGACUUCGUGGAGUGAGAAAUGGAUUUGGUCUGACAACAUCAGGAGUUUUGAAAAAUACUUCUAACGGUAAUCAGCCUGAUUUUGACGGCUCUUUGAAGAAGGAAGAUUACAAAAGUGCUUCUGCUAAAGAGAGUGUUGUAAGAAAAUGGGGUAGUGAUUAAUGGUUCACUUGUUUAUCACAGGUUAGGCACCAUCCUUUUAGAGCAGAAUGUUGUUUAUAUUACCUCUGAUUGUGGUUCUACAUCACCUUAAUUGGCUCCAUGCUGUAUAUUAGUGUGGCGAUUUUUGUUGUAAACCGAAAUGUUUUUUCUUCCCUUGGCAUCUGAAUGAUUAAUUUAGGUUUUCUGGUUA